AUGGACGAGAAACAACAAGAAAGUAAGAGAAUGAGUUCGUUUGACCAGACGUCAAAACCAGGUGACAGAUCAUCCAGUUCUACCAUCCGUGGGAGUCAAUCUUAUGACGAUGACGAUGACGAUGCUGAAUCGCAGUUCUCGUAUGUCCAGUCAAUGUCAAAGACAGACUUGUCAUAUAAGCCGAAAGCUGAUUUAUCUUACCAGCCACCCACUGCUAACACACUCUCUUCUAGCGGCGGCGGCGGCGCCGGCGAUAUCAGUGGUAGUAGCGGUAUUGGGGCCACCGGGGGCACAGAUCCAAGCUCUAGUCCAGCAUCGUCCAAAUCGGCUUCCAAAAAGCUUUUCGACGAAAUAAGAGAUAACCUUGAUAAUCUUAAUUUGAAUUUGCCCGGCUUUGGUAGUCGACCAGGUGGGUUAUUCCAACAAUCCAACAGUCACAACAAGAGAGAAUCGUACAAUUCUUCAAUCUCACAGUAUUCUGGAAAAGUUGAGCCUGACUUGGUUGAACCAGUUUCAGUGGUUCAAGUUAACCAGCAGGAGUUACUUAAAGAGGAAGAGGAAACAGGAUUAAAAAGAGGACUUAGUUUAACCAAGGUGACUUCUAAAUCUCCAAAAAGAUCGGACUCGAAUAUUGAGUCUAACAAUGAGUCCACGCCUAAGAUAUUACAGGAACCAAACAACCCCAUUUCUAAUUAUACUGAUACCAACAGUACCCCCGUAAAUAAUAUCAACAUAAGUCAAAGGGCGCCAUCAGAAGCUUCGUCUAUGGCAUUGGGUACCCUUGAAACGGUACAUGUGCAGCAUAGAGUUGAGACUCCAAGCUCUCUAUAUUCCGAUGGCGAUGGCUCAGGUGGCUCAUCUGAGUAUGCAUCUAGUGGUCGAAUUAGAGAUAGCUUUGUGCCUGUAGUUAAGAAGAAAGGGACCAGACCACCAGAUAUUUCUACCAAUACAAACAUUGAAUCAACAGUACCCCCAAGAUCAACCAGAAGGCCCAAGAGUGGAAUAUUUGAUGAAGGAACGGAGGAUGAUAACUCAUCGCUCGAGUCUUCUUCUGAUAAAAAGAAGAAAAGAAACAGCAAGAAAAGGAUGUCUCUUAGUGUUACUGAUGGCUUAGACGAAUUAAUGAGGAAUGCAAAUAACAUGAGUCUAGGACAACCAAAGGGAUCCUCCACUUCAAUUAAUAGCGGUACGUCGAAAAACAUCCCACUUGACAAUAGCUCCCAAGAAAAGUUACACACUGAAAUUUCUCAUGAUGUGUACAUGACGGCUGAUGAUGGGUCUUCCAGCGGUGCAAGUACCGAAUUUGUUCCUUUAUCAGCACAGCAAUUACAAGAGCGUCAAUUCCACGAGCAAAGUCAGAUACAACAACAACCCAUCCCCCUUGUAUCGAAAAGGAACUCAGCUUUGCCACCUAGACCAACGGCCGAUAACAUCAGAAAAGCCAGAGAAGUCUCACAACAAAUUUCUUUGAAGGAAUUGGAAGAUCAAAAACUGUAUGACGAACUGUAUGGUGGAGAAUCAAACGAAGAAUCUAUCAGUGGAAUAGAUAGAUCGGCUACUUUAAUAAUACCUCAAGGCAAAUUUAGCGAAAAUCAACCAUUGUCACCAGCAAAGGAAGUCGAUGCCAAGAGAAUAUUUCCUGCUGAAGAUAAAGCUCUUCCAUUGCCACCACAGGAAGAGCAACUUAAGAACCCAAUUUCUACUGAGCAAACCCAGAAACCUAUUCCUGCCUUGGUAAGUGAUUCUCUUGAAAAUGAUAAGGUUCCAGUAAUCGAUUCCUCCCCAGAUGUUUCUAUUGCCCAGAAAAAGGAGACUGAGAGAAUAGACCCACCAUUGCAAAAGUCAUUACAAGGAUUAAGUUCGAAAAUUUUACCUGAGCAACAACAGCAGAAUGUACGCAAACCAGAGGCGUACGCAGAUAACGCAACUAUAUCCACUACGACUACACCUUCCAUUGGCCCAAAUGCCCUAAAUGCAUUAGAACAGGACGAUGAAUACUAUGAUAUUGAACCAGUUGCAAAGCCUGCAAGAGCUAAAUCGGUCAAACAAUCCAUAAAUGCAAACGCUGCAGCUCAUCCUCAACAACCCAGAACACAAAGGAAGUCGAAACUGCACCUGCUGAAGAACAAAAAGCACUCAUCAAGGGCCACCAGUGGAUCAUUGAAGCCAUUCUCUUAUCAAACGUUGAUAAGUCUCCUUGAAAGUACAAAUGGUACAGUAAUUGGAGAAGAAUUUAGUCAACUAGACUUACCAGCGAAAGAGAAACAAUUAAUUGAAAAGAUCAUCGAUGCCUUAUCCAGAUUGAGUGCUGAUAUGGUACUCGAUAGAGACAGAUAUGAAAUCGGUAUUAGAAGGUUGGAAAGCGCACUUAGAGUGUUGGAAGGGUUUAUGUGA